AUGGGUAUAUCUUUAGGAGUAGUUUUAGAGGAAAUUUCAGAUGUGGAAUUGAGCCAAUAUGAACAGUUACUACUAGAUUUGGCUUCAAAGCUUGGUACAAAAGAUGAAUCAGACUAUUUAGAAAAAUUUUUGGUAUAUAUAGUACAAAACAAAUGUGAUAUAACUUCAAAGUGUAUUUGUGAAUGGUGGGAAAGACGGGAAAAGCUAUUUGAUAAAGUUGAUAAUUUGUUAAGAUCUCAUCCCAUGAUGUUGGAUGACUUCUUAAACCAUUACCAUAGUGGGGAUAAAGAAAAGACUGUAAAUCUCACAAUGACAUCGAAUAUAAGAUACAGAAUACAUCUUUAUUUAGAAAAACUUAAGUGUUUGACAGAUGAUGAAUUUUCAUUUUUUUCUAAUUCGGUGAAUUGGGAGGAAUACAUUAGUAAUAAAAUACAAGCAUACAUUGAAGUAUUUUUUUUAGUUUAUAAGUAUCAUAAACAACUAAAUAUUAAAAACUCUGAUAGAAAAUACUUAGGUACUGGUGGUUUUGCAAAUGUUGACUCAGAAACUUUUUUUGAGACAUAUAAUAGAAGUUUAAUUAAACGCGUAUUUGAAGAGUAUCAUGGAAGUACGAGAAUUUGCAUCAAGUUUUCAGAUAAAGCAUUAUUCUUUCCAAAAUGUGACAUAUCUUACCAUUUGGAUCCUAAAGUGUGCUGUAACUCAAUAGGUGCUAUAUUAUCUCCAAAUAAAAAGAAUAGUGCUUGUAAUAUUCCUCAAUCGUUAGAUGAGAUAUACGUAUUUGAACCUAGAUUAGUUAAGGAAGAAUGUAUUGUUAUCAUUGAAAUGUUGUUUGCAUAUAUAUGGCAGUACUAUAGAACGGCUAUUGAUGAUGAUAAGGGUCUAUAUAGUUCAGAUGUUGCUCAUGGAGAUAUAUUAAUACAGAAAACAAAUUCAAAUGAGAAGAUGGAUAGUUCUUCUUUGAAAUGUAUGUUAGUACUAGUCCAAAAAAUUCUUUUUACGACAUCAUUUUAUGCAUAUGCUUAUAAGAGAGUUUUCGAAUAUCAGUUAUUGGAGUUAAUUCUUUCUCAUUCACUUCAAAUUGCAAAUGACAUAAUUGAACGCUUUCUAAGUAGUUUAAAUUUUAAAAAUUCGAAGAAUCACAAGAUUAAAUUUGAUGGACGUCGUGCAAAUUCAAUACAAAUGGUGAUUAAUAAUGAAGAUCUAGAAAGAUUUGAGUCUAUAUUUUCUCAAGAUAGCUUCUUUACAGUUAUUAUUUCCCCAGUACUGACUAUUAUCAAUAUAUUAUCUAUCGAGACUACUCAGAGUACUGAUGAAGAUAUGAAUGAGAAUGUUUUAUUUAAAGAAACUGAAUUUUCUAGUAAAGAUUUGGCAAAGAAGCUUAAUGCAAUUGGAAGAGAUGUAAUUUAUCAUGAUAUUUGUUCUAUAUCAUUACUUAUUCGUAUGCUUCCAAAAUGUUCUAUGCUUUUUGAAGCAUUAGGAGAACUUCGAAAUGUUUUUAAAAUUGAUUAUCUUGGCAAUAAUGCAUUCUUACAUUCAACAUCUGUAAAUUCCCAAGUGAAUGAAAGCUCUCAACUUUAUAAUGAAUCCUUCAGUUAUGGUCCUACAUCUCUUGUUUCAUCAUCAAGGAAAACAACAAUAGUCGAGUUUCAACAUCAAUAUAAAUAUGCAGGUCUUGAUCAUCAGAUUCCUAUAAAGAAUUUUUCAAAUGAACUACAAAUAGCUGAUUCAUUAUCUAUCAAGUAUUUCUGGCGUGUUAUUAAUAUUCCUAAUGCUUCACAUUUACUCCUCAUAUUUGAUGAUAGAUGUUCAACUGAAAGAGGAAAAGAUACUUUAGAAAUAUUUGUACCUAUACAAACUCAUUUGAAUAAACAAUUUUCAAAGACAGAAUCAGUUCAGUCUUUAAGAAGUUACUAUACAGAAUCUAUUUGUGGCAAAGUAUCAGGUAGCUCCUCAGAGUGGCCCAAAAAUCCAACAAUAAUUCAUGGAAAUUCAAUGCUUGUCCUUUUUUCAGUUUCUACGAGAAUUAAUCAGAGAUCAAGUUCAAGUGAACAGUGGGGAUUUAGAUUAUAUGUUCAGGGACACUUUUGGAAUCUAAGAACUCUGUUAAGCUAUCAAAGGGAUAUAUAUACAAAUCAGAAACCGAGCAUAAAAUCCAAAGACAGAUGCCACUUAGAAAGAAAGAUCAAAGAACAUUUUAAUUUAUCUCUUAGUGAGGUUUAUGUUCAAUUAUCUGCAUCAAUUGCCUCUGGAAUUGCUAUGAUGCUCAAAGGGCCAAUUGUUGGAGAUUUAGAGAAGAGCUUCGUUGAUAUUCUCCACUCUUUACUAUUUGCUGGUGGUUUUUCAAAUGAAGUUGAAUACUUUGGAAGUACGUAUCCUAUAACAGAUAAAACUAUUUGGAGUGAUGAAGGAAUGUCUUCAGAUUUUGGUAGGGGAAGUGUAAGUGAUGCAGGAAUUGAACAUGAGAUGGGGGAAGGUGAGAAAAGAAAUGGUAAAACAGGUCAAAUUGAAUCAUUGCCUGAUGUAUCAGUAGAUGAUGUUGAGUUUGUAAUGUCUACUCUAGAGAUUAAUCCAGACAACGAGCAAACUAAUCAAGAUAUAAAUUAUAAAAAAUAUUAUCAAAAUUUUUACCCAUCUCCAGAUAUGGAGAAUAUUGAGGUAUUAUUGAUGCAGAACCAAGGCUGGGGAUAUGUAGUAAAUUGCAUUUUUGAAAGAGCAUCUAUUAUUUAUCAUUACAUAAAUAGGAACCAUAAUAUUGAUGUAGAUCAUCUAUCUAAUGACAAAAAGUUCCUAAGUAAUUUACGUCAUGACUUACUCACAGAUAAACUUGGUUCUGAAAAACUGUUAAAGUCAAUUAGAGGAUACAUUUGUUGUUAUCUGCAUCAUCUUGGUCUCCAUCAAAAUAUUUUGCAAAUAUGUGAUAUAUUAAAUCGACAUUCUGAUUUAAUAAGAAUAAUAGAAGAGGGGCCAAAAUCUGCAAAUACCUCAGAUGAUGUUGUAUUUAGUAAAGAUUGCAAACUGCUAAGAUUUAUCAUUUGCAAUAUUAUAAAUGUAGAAGUAUAUGAACCAUUACUUUACUUGUGGAUAAUUGGUAGGCAACUAAAAUCUUGGGUAAUAUCUGAGAAACAUAAGGCAAAUGCAAAAAGUGAAGUAUUUGGAUCUCAAAAGUUGAGCCAAAAUGAUAGUAACCACUUUGAUAAGUCAAGUUACGAUUAUUGGAGUGAACUACUUGAUAGCAAAAUUAGAAUAAUCCUGAAUAUUGUCCCAUAUUCAGGUAGUGAGCAUCCAACAAUUAAACCGUAUAUUCGACCUAACUACAACUACAAUUAUUCUUUUAGCAGAAAUAUUUCCGAACAAAUAACUGUGCAAAAUGAUUCACCAAAUGCAAAGGAUACUGAUUCUACUGGAAACAAAUAUACAUUUUACUCUAAUAAACGUAUUUGUAGUGUUCUGAAAUCAUUGAUAAGUCGUGUAAAUAAUUAUGAUGAAUUUGUAAAUAUACCUCCUAUAGAUGUGGAAUAUGAGGAUGUAUCUCUACUAGGUAAUAAAGAUCAUUCAACUUUUAAAGAGAUAGAUGAGUAUAAUAUAUCUCAACUAUUCAAUAAUUAUGAAUGGGAUGAAUUAGAAAGAUUAGAUGAAACUCAAAUAAUUAAAAGUAUAUGUGAGGGAAUUAUUGAAUUUAUUAAAAUUUUCCCUGCUCCCAACAGUUUGGAUAUCAGUGGUGUCAUGGUUUGCAAAGAUGGAACUAACGAUUUAAGUGGAAUGAGCUAUGUCCUUUAUAUUCGACGAUUUCGAGCUAUCAUUCGCUUUGAAGCAUAUAGACUUGCAUGCCAAAUGGUAUCUAACUGGAAAAAAGAUUAUCUAAUUCAAGUUCUGUUACUAAAAGCAUUGAGGUCAUUAGGACACGAAAAUCCUUCACAAAUCCCACCAGAUAUAUUUUUAAAAUGGGAUAAAGAAGCAAAUAACCGUAACUUACUUGUAUGUAAUCUCAAAUAUUGUCUAUUUCCGCACUUUAGUAAUAAAAUACUCAAAGAGGAGAAACAUCAUUUAGAAGUCCAUUAUACAGAUAAUCUAAGAGGAUGUGGACGUAAAAUUGAGUUGCAAGUAAAGCAUACUUACUAUAGAUUAAUAUUAAGUUUACUGAAUCCUCAAAUAAUAUAUCCAACAAAUAUUCAAAUUCUUAGAACGAGUACUGUUGCAUACUAUAUGCUAAAGGAGAUGGACCAAAAGAGUUUGGUUAAGAGUAACAUCUCAAACAAAGUUCUAAAUCAACUAACAAAUUGUGAAAAAGACUGUGGAAAUGGUAAUCAUUGUCUACCUGCUGUAUUUCCUGGAUAUUACCCAUUUUUCUUAUUUUACAGUAUAAUGUGCAUAAGAAGCUCAAUUUGGUGUGACUCUCCUCUACGCCUCUCAUUCGUAUAUUCUUUAUCAAUGGGUUUAUUACACUCUAUUAACGUAUCAGAACGUAACAAGAGUUUGUCAUCAUCAAAGGAACUGUGGAAUAACUGCGAACUAUUUUUCAUGGGCCACAUUAGCGUUAUUUUUUCCAGAUUCGAUCACUUAAAAACUGUGAAAAUUUCAGCUGCAAGAAAAAAAGUUAUCCUUGAAUACAUGAAGAAUGUAUUUGAGAAAAAUAAGAUCAUAAGGCUUUUACUGAAUGAUUUUACUGGGUUUGAUGAAUUAUUUGUGAAAACAUAUAUAUUACAGUCAAGUCCAAUUUCAAAUGUCUUGUGUUGCACACUUGAACGAGGAAGUGAUCUUGUCAGAUAUUACUGCAUAAGAUUUCUCUGGAAGUAUAUUCCAUUAAUGACUAAUUCUCAGCUAUUAAAUCUAUAUGCAACUCCACUUCUAAAUAGUGACCGAUUAUUAAGAGAAAAUACUAAAUUAGAACAUCUUGAUAGCAGGACUUUCUUCCAAGAGUGUCUGAAACAAAUUGGGUGCUCUUUUUCAUUAUUUAACUGUAAUGAACGAGGAUAUAAUGAAUUUCAAAUAGUAUCACCUCCAGUUAUUCUUGUUGAAUCUACAGAAACUGGUAUACUAACAAGUUUGAAAAAGGAAGGGUUUGUAACUAAAGAGACGAAUUCACUAUACUUUGAGAUGGAAUACUUUAAAGCAUUAAUUAUUUUGCUUCGAUGUAUACUAAUUCAUUCUUCUAGAAAAGAUUCAAAAUCUAGAAAGACACCAAUAAAUGAAGAUAUCUUUAAUUCACAAGGUAUGGUAUUAGUGAAUUUACUUUAUAACAUAAUAGUUGACUUGUCAGACUAUUUAAAUCCGUCUAAUAUGAAUAUUGACGAUUGGAAUAAAAUAUAUCAGUUUAUUGGUGCUCUUUGUGUAAUAAGCAACGAAUAUGAUACUGAAUUUAAUAUUGGCAGUCAAGUAUUAUAUCAGGAGCUACAAGUAGAGAAUUCUUUAUCAGUAUACCCUAAGGAAGGAAUAUUCCUGUCAAAUAAUCCAUUAACUAAUAAGGUUGAAUUUUUGGUGGUUGAUAAAGAUAAAUGGAUUGAAAUAAUUACUACAUCUUAUAAUAAUCUUAAAAUAGUUUCAAAGUGCCUUUUCGAAUUCCCGAUUAGCUACUUUAUCGAAAAUGCAAAUGAAGAUUUGGCCUUUGCUUUUAAAAGAAUAGCAUCUUAUUUAUGUGAGUAUUUGUGCAACAUGUCUUCGUUCGUAAUGAAUACUUCUGAAGAGGGGAUUUUGUUAAAAACUAGUGACAAGAAUCACAAUACAACUAUAUUAGGUGAGCAAAUGGUUAAAUAUAUUCGUAUCCAGUUGAUUUCAAUGAGCAUAAGUGUACUAUGUCUUCUAGCUAGUAACAAUUAUCUUUCAGUAAUUGACAAUUUGGAAGGAGAUCAUAAUUUAUCUAGAAUGUUGUACUCUUCACUUAUAAAAAUUGGAAUGAUUGAUAUCCCUGAUUUACAAAUAAAUAUUGAUAAGUUUAGCUGCUUCAAUAUAGCCUCGCUAAACAGAAGAUUUAUUCAACAAACCACUAGAAAAAACAAAUAUGACUCAUUUUGGUGCUAUCCAAUUAUAAGUAAAGCAACACAAGCUGAUAUCUUACAUGGCUCUCCAUACUACCACAGCACUGUUAAAUUGCCUACAUAUUGGGAUCUUAGCCCAUCGCAUUUUUAUUAUUACAAUGAAAGAGUAGUUAUUUACAAACUCAGAGACUAUGAAGAUACUGAACAGUCUUUAGUAAAUUGCAUUAUUGCAAAUAAUAAUAUUCCAACGACUAUAGGAUUCUAUUAUUUUGAGUGUAAAUUCACUCUUUGUAAAAGAGCUAACAAUAGUCAAUUUGUUAAUAUUAAGGAUAUUUCUUUAGAUUAUAUAGAAGAAGGAAACAUUAUUUUGAGUAUUGGUUUGUAUAGAGAUGGGUGUGAAAUGAGUUAUGCUGGUACAUUUGGAAGUUUUGCUUAUUCAAGUAUAGGAGAGCUUCACCAUGGUUGCACUGAAAAGAUUGAAACAAAAACAGAAGAUAUAGAAACAUUUUCAUUUAAUGAUAUAGUAGGAUGUGGUUAUGAUGUUGUUCAUAAUGUCGUAUUUUUUACAAAGAAUGGUAAAUUAAUAAAUAUGGAUAAAUCUUGCCUUCCUCAAGAUAGUAUAUAUAUUACACCAGAAAAUAUAGAUAAUUAUGAAACUUUAACACAAUUUCAAAAUGUCCGUGGACAAUUUAAACCUUCUGUUUGGGUGAGUUUUAGUAAAUCCCUAUACAAGAAUAAAAUUACGGGUUUUGAAGAAAAAUUACAAUAUAUCUUAGUAGAGGGGAAUUUUGGACAAGAACCUUUUAUAUAUGAGUACAUUAAUAAACUCACCAUAAAUGAUACACUUUCGCUAAUAGAUGAAAAGAUAUGUGAAAAAACAGAUAUGGAAGGGCAAAUAUCAACAUUUAUCCCCAAGAACUCAUCUUUUUAUGCAGUUAAUGAGGUUGAGUUUCAUAGGCGUACUAUAGCUUGCGAAUUACAUGAGAUUAUGGGUGGAGGCUUAUUUCCACUCGCUCUAUGUAUUCUGGCACUUGAAAGAUGUGAAGAUAACUUAGAAGUAGCAACAAAUUGGCUUCUUGAAAAUGGGUUUCAGGAAUUAGAUCAUAUGCAAAAUGCAUUCUUGGAGCAAAAUACUAAAUUGGCUGAAAAUACAGGUAAUCAAGAAGACAGGGUACAUGGAGAUAAUAAAAAGAUCAAUUUACCUUUAAAUAUUGAAUAUGAUCAUUUAAUUAUAAAGGGUACCAUUGAAAAAAUAGAUAAAAACCAAUUUUCUAGAGGGAGUCCUGAUUAUGAAAUACUUCUAGAUUUAUGUAUUUACAAGAGCUGGAAUAUAUUUACAAAACAAGAAGAUGAUAUUACUGAAAAUGAGACACAUUUUGAUAUCACAAGAUUUUUGACAUCUUUCGGACCUCUUAGUGAAUUAACUUGGAGUAGCUUGAACAGUAAUUUGUACAAUAGUAGUAGUUCUCUCUCUUAUUGUGGCCCUAACUAUUCAAAUGACAUAUGGUUUCACUCAAUACGAAGUAAUGAACAAACUAAUCAAUAUUUCCAAGGACAACAAUUUGAGCAAAUGUUGCUAAAUAAUUCUAAUUUAAGGAGAUCAACAUCCUCACAACAAACAGCUAACUUGACUGUAGCUAACUCUCAGCUACUCUUAAACAAAGAUUCAUCUUUAUUCCCAGGACAAAUUGUGAUUAUAACUUCAAAUAUUGAAUAUUGGAUAUAUGGUGAGGAAGAAGAGCUAAUAAGUAAUGAUUUAUUAGUGAACAAUAAGUCCAGAAUAAUAUUCCCAUUGGUAGAUAUUUAUUCUCUACCAUUGCAUAUGAUGAAACUAUAUUUACGAAGGUUUUCUAAAAUGUAUGGAGUAGUUUGGUGCUGCUACCAGAUUUCAAAAUCAUCCAUUGUGCAAUUUAUUGAUUAUCACAAUAUGAUGUACUUUUUUGUUCAUAUUCCAACGAGUUACCUAGAACAAGUGUCAGUUGAUACACCAUUAAUCAUGGGUUCAGAAUUAAAUUCACAAAUUAAUGGAUAUUCUUCAUUACAGCAAUAUAUUAGGGAGAUUUUACUAUGCAAAGAUCGAGAUGAAACGGAACUCACAAAUUUUAAUCGUAUUCUAACUAAUAUGUAUAAUUUAUAUCCAAAAAUUGAAUAUUUCAAGUGUAUUACUUUGGUAAGGAAUACUUUGGUAUCAAUAGUGCAUGAACUACCUCUUUAUAUAAAUUGUAGUGAUAAACAAGUUCAGAAACAAACAUUUCUAGAUAUUCUCCGUUUAUUCAAAUUAAUAUAUGGUAAUGAUGGGCCUACUCUAAAUGAUUACAGUCUCCUAAUAUUGAAUGAUUCAAGAGCAGGCUUUUAUACAAGAUCAAUACUUUCCAAUAUAACUUAUAAUGAUUAUAACGAAGUUGAGGGAAUUUUUUCAGGCUUCAUAGAUGUUAUCCAAAAUCUUUCAGCCUACAGUUAUUCAGACUUCUUGCAAAUAUUAUACUCUGAUUAUGUAGUUCAUAUGAGAAAUAGUACUAAGUAUCAACUUCCAAUAGUUGUGGUUGAGAGCAGUCAUCCAUAUGAAUGUAAUAUGGAUAGAAGAAUAGAUGUUGAGAUAAAGGGAUGCAAAUAUUUAUACGCCAUUUUUGAUCCACUUUGUGAUUUGCAUUCAGAUACCUUAACGGCUCUUACAAUAUCAGUGAAGAAUAAGAGUAGUGGUAAUGAUAUGAUUAUACUAAAGAAGACUGCUCGAGGGAUGAGUGGAUUUAAGCAAUUAAUACCCUUUAAUUCUUGUUCCGUUAGGUUUAUUUCCUCAGCACAAAAUAGCAAUAAAUACGGAAUUAAAAUUGUGUUUGUACCAGUAAAGUAUAAUUUGGCAGAUCAAGAUAUUUUAAAUAACAACAAUAUACAUUUUGCAUAUGUUGUAUUAGAUUUAAUUAUAGCCCAAUUCAAAGAUGAUCCGAAUAAAAAGAAGUUUUUCUUCGAUUAUUUGGCUUUAAUUAUCGAUAUAUUGUUUGAUAUUUUAUAUUCCUUUCAUGCACCAAAACAGAUAAAACUAAGCAGGUAUUUGGCAUUGUCAAAUAGUUCUAAUAGUGGAAUAAUCAAAAAUCAGUCAGUGAUACCCUACCAAAAUGCUUUCAUUCAUUCUAUUCGACAACUGGUAUGUAUUUUUAUGAGAUUUCACAAAUCAAUAAACUUAUUAGCAUCGAAAAAAAGCAUAGUAUACUUAGAUUAUCUUGAAAGACUUUGCAAUUUGAUAUACAACUCCCAAUUUGAACAAAUUCAUUUGGCAACAAAUUUUAGUUUAUGCUCAAAUAUGAGAUUCUAUAUAAUGCUACAAUUAAACAAAAUCUUAUUUUAUUAUCAAAAUAAUAAAAGUACAUUUAAAUGGAGUAAUCUAAAAGGUGAUUCUAGUGAUUUAUUAAAUAAGAUUUCUUGCCUUACUUACAUAAGGUGUUCACUGGAUCUCCAAGUGCAGGCACAUCUAAUUACAGAACUACUUUUAUCAUUUUAUGAUGCUUCUAUAUAUUCCAAUAAUAGAAAAGGACAACUAAAUUGUGCUGAUGCAAGUAUAAAUAUUGAUUAUAAAGACACUUUCUAUUCAUUAGGGUGCUCAAGUAGUGAUCAAAGUAAACAUCAAAAUACAAGUUUAGAUAUUGGUGAAAUUCAACCUUAUUCAAUAUAUAUACUGAAUGGAGAUUUUUAUAGCCACCAACAGUUGUUAAAUAGCCAAUUUUACACAUUUAAUAUUUGUCCAUGGUUUUAUUUGACCUCAAAUAACAAUCUCCCAUUAACUGUUUUUAAAUCUUCACUGCUGUAUUACUAUAAUCAGUACUUUCUCAGUGACUCAGAAAAUUACGACAAUUUUUCAAAUAUGAAGAGUUUUCAAGGUGCAGAAUAUUGUCAAUUUCCAACUUGGAGCCUGAGAAAUAGAUAUAUAAGUAUAUUUAAAAAGAAGGUGCCCCUUUUACUUCUGGAGAAAUUAAGUGAAAUUGAAAUUGAGAUAUUAGACGCUAGACUUUUAAUUAUAAAUAAUACUGAGGAGAUUCUGGAUGAAAAUCCUACUAUUAACCUAAAACAAUUUCUUGAUGAAGUCCUUAUGAUGAUGGGUGGUAAGCUACUAAUUCUUCCAAAUCCCAGAAGUUUGUGGUUAAGUGAUGAUAUACUAAGUAAUUUUUUAAAUAUAUAUAGUGAUUAUGAAAAGAAAUUGAUUUUGAAAAAUCCAAUUUCACUUACAUAUCGUCUUGUAAGAGUUUUAACUAGAGAAGUUAUUUUAUUAAAAACUAUUUCAUUCACUUCUGAUGAUAUAAUUAUGAUAACUAAUUCUCCAUAUCAAAAUUGGCUAGAUCGUAUCAAACUAUUAUGGGAUUUGCUAGCAUAUUUAGAAAGUUCCAGUGAAUUAACUACGAACCAUAAUAUAUCUGCAAAAAGUGGAUAUCCUUGGAUACUUGGGUGGGAAAAAGAUAUGAUUAAGAGCCUAAUACAGAGAGGAAAUUCAUUUGAUCCAAGAAUUAUAUCUGAAUACUUUGAAACAUUUGCAUUUUCACUUGUUAAUAAUAAUCCAGUAUGUGUAAGUUCAGAUGGAGAAUUGACAAAAGAUGAGGAUAAGGAUAAAAAAGUAUAUAAUUAUCCAAGUCAAAAUGAAGAUAAAAUGUGGAGUAAUUCACAAACUAUUCAGUUGAUGAGAGAAUUUCUUCUAAGGAAUUAUAUACAUUCUUCAUUCCAAACCUAUUUCUGGCCCAUAUUUUCUGGCACAGUACCAAUAUGCGAUAUUGAUUGUUGUAAGACACCUACAGAAGAUAGAGCAGUAAAUGAAAUAUUUUCUUCAACAGAGAGCUAUAAAUUAUUGGAGAUUCCAUCACGCAUUUCAUCUUCUUUUGAAAUGGUAGCACCAUGUACUAUAUCUUUUUGGUUAUAUCCACUAAAUUUGAAUACGUGGAAGCAAACUUUUUCAAUAAAGAGUAGUAAUUUUAAAGAUAUUACAGAGAUUAAUAAACAUGAGUUUUUAAGUUUUAACCCUCAAAAAGAUUCAUUUAAUAGUACAAAUUCAAUUUUACAUGAGUCAUAUCCUCAGCAUCCAAUGGUUGGAAACAAUUGGAGAUUAAUUGCAUUUAGAGGACUUUCGGUUGCAACACUUUCAUUUUGGAUAACAGAAGGAGGAUACUUAGGUAUUAUAAUAAAUUCGCCUUAUAGCCAAUAUCCAAUCAAUCUUUUAGUCAAUAAUUCAAUCAACACAUCGAAUGCAAAUGAACAUACUGCAUCUUUAAAAACGACAUUAUUUAAUAGCUCAUCAGCAAUGGAUCUUCAUACCACAAAAAUAAUCUCUAACCAUUGCAUAUAUGCAAAUCAAUGGUAUCAUAUAGCUCUUACAAUAGGUUCACUACGGAAUUUGAAUAGUGCCCCAAGGUUAUCAACUUCUAGUAAUAGUUAUGGAUAUAGUGUGAAGCUUUAUAUUAAUGGGCUAUUAGAUGAAUCUAAAGUAAUACCAUCAUCUAGAAUUCCAUUAAUUAGUGGUGAUCUACCCUGGAUUAUUGGUUGGCCGAAAUAUAUGAGAUUUAAAGAAAAAGAUCAUGAAAUGAACCCUAUACAGGUUAGUGGAACUCAAAAGCCCAAUAACCAGCAACUGAAGUUUUUUGAAAGGAACAUUUUCCUUGGUCAAGACUUGACAAUAUCUAAUCCACCUAUAUUAUGUUCACCCUUUAGCUCUACUGAAGUUAAGUCUAGUAUUAAACCUGAAUUUUCAAAAAAAGCUGGGGAACCACUGUUUGGAUUACUUGCCAACAUGUUUGGCGUAUUUAAUGAAUGGGAACUGGAAGAUAUCCAUGACUAUAUUAAGAGCACUUACAAUGAUAUUCAGAAUCAUAUACAGCAGAUUGAAAUAGCAAGUAUUAAAUCAAAGAUUUCCAAAUUAAAUAAUGGGAGUGCACAUUCAAACUCUAAUGAAACAUUGUCAAGUAGUUGUAGCAGUAAUAGCAUCUCUAGUAAUAGAAGCGUUGUACAUGUAUUUUCAAGUAAUUGGAGGUUCAAUCCAAUUGUAGUAUGUUUCAAUAAUAUAUGGUCAAUGGAUAUUGGUUUAUGUGAUUUUAUAUUACCAGAAGAGCAAGCACAAUCAUUAAAAUAUAAAUAUUCCAUUUCAGAUAAAUAUUAUACCGAAAAAUUAAAUGUGAAACUUUGUCUUGAACCAAAUACUAUAAAUCAUAUGCAUUUAAUCUACUCCAAAGACCUUUAUGAUUUGAGCAUUCCAAAGCUGGAUGUCUCAUGGAAAGUUUGCAGUGUAUCUAUACCAAAUAUACUAAAUAAAAGGAGCAAUUGGGGACAGAGAAUUAUGAGUGAUAUGGAAUUUUAUGAUCCUGUUGGUUUAAUAUGUAGUAAGAACUGUAUUUGUAGUGAUUCUAUUAUUGAAAUGAAUGUAAUAUUUGGGAAAGAACAAGAUAUAAGUGCUCCUUUUGUAGUAAUCAGACUUAAGAACAUAAAACUAAUAUUCUCAGGUGUAAUACUGAGGAGAUUUGUUGAAAUGCUUGAUGAUUUCUAUGAGGAAUAUGAGCACACUAAAUCUAAUGCAAGUGAUUUUUCAAAUAUUCCUGCAGGACAGCCAAAUCAACUAUACUUAGAUACCUUAUCAGUAAAUGAAUUAGUAAAUCGCAUAAAAGAGAGGUACGGACUAGAACCAAUUAAGAAUAACAAUUCAACUGUAGAAAAAGAUGUCUUUAGUAAAAAUCUUACAUUAAAAAACAGUCCUAAGAUUUUUUCCAAGCCCAAUACUUCAAUUCUAAGACAAAGCAAAAUAACUCUCUCUAAAGUGGACGAAUUUAUACUGCAGCUAUACGAAGAGUUACAAUAUAAAGAAUAUCCAUUAGCCUUAAUAUUAAAUCAUAGAGAAACUAAUAUAUAUAAGGAGAAAGUUGGAUGUAAUAUGUGUGACUAUGAAGUAAUGAGUUAUUGCAGACUUAACAUAAUUUUGACAAAGCGAUUGAUACAAUUAUUUAUAUCCAUACUAAGCUAUAUUGAUAUAAUAUCUCCACGACCAUCUAUAUAUAAAUAUGCUUGGCUUAAUAAAAUACGUCAUUAUAUGUCGGUCUCGCUCAAAGAAUUGCUUCUGAGUGCUAGUUUGUUAUUAACAGAAGAUAGUGGAGCUGAUGGAAGAAUAAGAGUUGUAAUUAAUAGACCUAAAUCAUUACAUUAUAGUGGUGAUAUAAACCAUGAUCCUUAUGGGUUAUAUAGUGUAUUUGGUCAAGUAUACAAGAGUUUAGAGAACAUUGCACCAAACAAAUUUAGAAGUAAAAAUAGACCAUGGUAUGUAAUCUACGAGGGUGAAGGAGGAAUUGAUGCUGGUGGAUUGUACAGAGAUUGCAUUAGCCAUAUUUGUUUUGAAUUACAAAGUAAUAGAUUACCAUUAUUUAUAUUAUGUCCCAACUCAUAUGGUUUCGGUGAUAAUCAGUAUUUCUUUAUUCCAAACCCUGAUUUGGCUAAAUAUACAUAUCGCUACAAAAGAGUAAUACAAGAUAAAUUAGGUGGGAGUGAUGAAAAAAUGAAGGAUGAAAAUAAUCACACUGAAAUAGAAUGUUUAAACGAUAAAAGUAAAGAGUGUAUAGUACCUUUGCAAAUGUGUGUUGAUAAAAUUUUUGAUUCUCUAUAUAGAUUUGUUGGAAGAUUGAUGGGAAUAGCAGUAAGGGGUCACCUAACAUUGAAUUUGGACUUCCCUAUGAUAUUUUGGAAGAUGCUUCUCAAUGAUAAAAUAGAAUAUCAAGAUAUAAGACAGGUUGAUGGGUAUACAAUGCAAUUAUAUGAAAAGUUGACCCAAAUAUACAGACUUUGGGUAGCAAGUAAACAUUCUGAAUCCUAUACUUUGCAAAAUAAAAAUUCAUUGGAAAAUUUAAUGGAGGAAUUUUCAUUGGUUGGUUUAACAUGGACAAUUACAAAUAGUAAUGGAAAAGUUGUUGAGCUAAUUAAAGAUGGCAAAGAUAUUCCAGUGAAAAUAGAAGAGUUAAAAUAUUACUGCAAUUUAUUGCUUGAAUACAAAACAAAUUUUGAAUUAAUUCAUGCAACUAAAAAUAUUCGAUUGGGUUUGUGUGAUAUUAUUCCAGAACAAAUAAUCCAAUUAUUUACUCCUAUUCAGCUAGAAAGACUUAUUUGUGGGAUACCAUCUUUCAAUAUUAAUCUCCUCAAACAACAUACGAGAUAUACAGGCUAUCUAGUUACAGAUGAUGUGAUAAAGUGGUUUUGGGAUGUAUUAAGCAGUUUCACCUUUAAGGAGCAACAAAUGUUUUUAAGAUUUGUAUGGGGAAGAUGUAGAUUACCUAGUGGAAAUUCAAACUGGGAGCAUAAUAUGGAAAUCGUCCGAUUAUAUCCCAGACAUAAUUCUUUAACAGAAAAUAAUCAACAUACUCAAAACGAAUCUUUUUCAAAUGUACAAUCAGGAAAUAACUUUGUGGAAGAGAUAAAUUAUACAGCUGACAACCCUGAGGGUGAUACUUCUGGUUAUGAACCAGAUGAAAACUUGAGAUUACUUCUUGGUUAUGAUAUUGAAGAAGGUAUUGAGCUCAAUCUUGAUUCAUCAUCUAAUCAAAGACAAUUAGGAGAUAAUUUUGUGGGUAUAAAUGACUCGGAUAGUAUAUUUGAAAGUGUAGAUGAAAUAAGUAGAGAAGUGACACAUGGUGAAGAAAACGAUAGCAAUGAUUUAGGCACUAAUAGAACAAGUACAGAGAAUUUAAAUUCACCAGAAGAUCUUAUGUUACCAGUGAGCCAUACUUGUUUUUUCCAACUAGAAUUACCAAGAUAUUCAAGUCGUGAAAUAUUAAUGGAAAAACUUUUGUAUGCAAUAACAGAAGGUAUUGCAAUAGAUACAGAUAACAGAGCAACUGAUAUUGAUUGGGGCCAAAGAUAA